GGACACAAGGCAGCAGUGAGGAGCCUCCCAACGAAGGAAGGAUGCACGCACGACUGGAUUGUGUACGUUAGGACUGACCAGGAUCAGUUCGUUGAGAAAGUUGAAUUCAACCUCCAUCCGUCCUUCAAGAAGCCGAGAAGAGUUGUUAAAAGCGCGCCAUUCCAGGUUGUUGAAUGUGGUUACGGAGGCUUCCGCAUGUCGAUCGUCGUCCACUUCAGAGUGAACAACCAGCGACAGCCCGUUCCAUUUGAUUAUUAUUUGUUCCUG